AGGCAUAAAAAUGAAGAAGUGUCCAUACCAUAUAUUGAAGUUAGAAGAAUAAUUGCCCAGCCAGAAGGGUUUUUUUCUUCUUUUCUGAAAGGCUCGAGGCAGAAGCUUAUGAUAAGCAAUGGUUGGAAGUGCUCGUGCAUUGUCUCCCACAAAAAAUGUUCUAAGAGCACUAUGGGCUCCCAUCUUGAUACUACACCUCGGUGGUCCGGAUACCAUAACUGCUUACACUUUGCAAGAUACCCAGCUCUGGACCAGACACAUCCUCACCUUAGUGGUCCAAUCCUUCUUUGCCAUUUAUGUCAUUUAUUUGUCAUGGAUCUAUCUUAGGCUUUCCAUUUUGACCAUUCCUCUCAUAUUGGCUGGAAUAAUUAAAUAUGUAGAGAGGAUUUUGUGUCUUGAGCUUACUAGCUCUAAGAAAACAGAACCGGUCAUCUCCGAGUCUCAUCAUCAAGAUGAGUUAGAGAUGUCAAUAUUCAUUGACAAAUUUCUAGCUGAACAUGCAGAUUCCAUAAUUGUGGUACUAGGCUAUUUAUUGUUUUCAGUCAUGAGACCAGAUGUACAUGAUUAUUUGAGCGGUAAGUUGUAUCUUCGGUCCUCUCAAGCAACAGCAAGGGUAAAAACUUACUUGAAGGGAACUAAAUUCAACCAUCAGAAGUCAGUUUUGGUAAGUUUGCUAGAAAGGGGAAAGCUAAGUGAAAAUCCUUUUGAAAUAGCUGCUGCAGAAAUGGGGUUCAUUUUCGACACUGUUUACACAAAGACUUCUUUGAUUUAUACCAAGAAAGGAUGUGUCUUGCGCGUCAUCAGCUUCACUUGCUCCUUUUCAGUUCUAAUGUUCUUCUUGAUCAGCAUCAUCAACGAGCCGAAAUUCCAUUUCUCAAGUGUUGAUAUUCGCAUAACAAUCAGCUUGUUGGUUGGAGCCGUGGCACUGGAAUUUUUUGCGGUGUACUCAAUGUUUUCUUCUCAUUGGGCAAUUCCUUUGAUCUUGUUUCAUGAAAAUCGUUGGGUACGCAAAAUCCUCUGGUACGUCUUCAAAUACUUUCCUCGCUUGUUAUUUCCUCAAAGGAAUAGGUGGUCAGGUAGGAUGGGGCAAUUUAAUUUGUUAGAUUAUUACUGGAAUUCCAGUAAUUCCAAGGUUUAUGGCUUUCUAGAAAAGUCUUUUAGCAGCCGUAUUCUUGAAAAUUUGCACAAGUACAACUGUACUAGGCUAAUAGAGAGCAUUGAAUUGGACUUUGAUAUCAGCAUCAUAGUCUGGCACCUUGCCACGAGUAUUUGUUACCAGCAAGAUGUCCAUGCCUUGCAACCUGCUAUGCUAUUGCCUGAGAGCUGUAAGAGUUUUUGGUUGGAUGUUUGCGACAAGCUUAAAGAUCUGUUCUACGAGGAAUUGAAUAUGGAUCAUGCUUUGACCUUAUUGUUAAACCAGGAUCCGCACACUGCAUGGUACAAUAUUAGUACAGAGAAGGCCGAAAAAGGGGAAAAGAAAACCGACAGUGCUAUCGCAGACCCAUUGAAUGAACUGCUACAGUAUGCGUUAAAUCUAGUCAGAACACUCAACUCGAGAGAUAUAUGGGAUAGAUGGAAGAUGAUAAAAGACAUGUGGAUAGAGAUGCUUCUCUAUGCAGCGCAUUCGUGCCACCGUGUAAACCAUAUUAAGCAGCUGGCACGAUCCGACCGUGAAUUCCUUACCCUCAUUUGGGUAAUGUGUGGAUCUUGGUUUAUCGAAGCAACCAAAAUGCUUGAAGUUGAAGAACCAACAGUUUUGAAUAUGUUUCUUUGAUAAUGGGCACUUGGCUUGGGCUUGGACUUGGUCCUUGCUGAAAAUGAUUUUUUUUUUUUUUCUGAAUUUGAUUUUGAAUUUCGAGUUGAAAUGUUAAGUGCUAUGUCUACGGACAAUGCAACAGACAACAUAAAUGUUCUCUUUUGGAAACAACCAUUGGAGAUGUUUGUUAAUAACACUUGUUCAAUGUU